AUGCGUAUUGCUCAUUUAGGGAAGAGAAAGUUUAGAUUUGUCAUUGGAACCUGCAGUAAGAAUUCGAAUAGAGAAGAGAUACAUGAGCAGUGGGAAACAUGUACUGUGAGUGCUUUCCUGGAUCAUGAACACUUUUGGGAAGAUUUGAAGGAAAUAUAUGACAAGGCUCCAACUAUGGUAGAUGGUCAUAUUGGUGCUGAUAGUUCUAGUCAUGAAGGGACUCAUGCAACACUUUCCAAUCCUCACACAUUCACUGAGGAGGAGUACACUCAGAUCAUAACCAUGUUGAGCAAAGAUACCAAAGAUAUUAAACAAGACCUCUUCAAUGGCAAAGUGAAGGGGAUUGAUAGACAAGAGGGUGGACUAUAUGUUCUUAAAGGUGGUUGGAUAGGAAAUACUAAUCAGUCAAGAUCAAACACCUACAAAUUUAUUUUAGAAGUCGCAACUUCCAGUUGCAGUUUAUGGCACCAAACACUUGGACACCCUACUUCUCAGGUUCUCAAAUGUUUAGACAUUAUGAAGAAUCCUAGUGAUGUAAAUAUGUUGAAUAAAUGUACUUUGAUGUUUUCCAAGGAUCCCAAGCUGUCAUAUCUUAGGGUAUUUGGAUGCUUAUGCUAUGUCACUAUCCUCCCAAGAGGUGAUAAGUUCACAGAACGGGCCAAAUCUGCAGUCUUGGUGGGAUAUUCAGAGUCUCAAAAGGGAUAUUUGUUGCUGGAUAUCACCUCAAAGAAACUAUUAGUUAGUAAAGAUAUUGUGUUUCAUGAAGAUACAUUUGCUUUUGAUUCCUCACCAUCACAAAACACACAAGCUUCCUUAUAUAAAGAAGAUAACACUGAAUUCUUGAUCCCCACAGAUGAAGAAAUAUUUCAUGAAAAAACUACUGAGAGUGUUACUGAAGAAGCUCCAAUUAAAGAGAAUAGAAUUUUUGAUGCUGCAGUACUUGAUGCAGCUUCCCCUAGCACCAACCAUAAAGAAACAUGUCAAUAUAAAGGUUCCCUACAUCAACCUUCUUCCAGUAGACCAACAAGAAUAAGCAAAACACCAGUGUAA